AUGUCCACCUGCAUGCGCCUGGUUCUCAAGGGCAUUGUUGCUGACUGCAGGCCCUCUGGCAGGAAGCGAGUCCCUUUUAGUGACCGUGGCUCAUCGUCCCCGCGCCUGCUCUGGUCUGGGGGUGGAGAGGCAGCCUCUGCCCUUGAUGGCCCCACCCCACCUCUUCUGCAGAGGACGAGCAGCCAUGUGGAGACCCGAGCCCAUGCCGAGGAGCGACUUCUGAGGAAACUCUUCUCUGGCUACAACAAGUGGUCCCGGCCAGUGGCCAACAUAUCGGACGUGGUUCUCGUCCGCUUUGGCCUGUCCAUCGCACAGCUCAUUGAUGUGGAUGAGAAGAACCAGAUGAUGACAACCAACGUGUGGGUGAAGCAGGAGUGGCACGACUACAAGCUACGCUGGGACCCGGCCGACUACGAGAAUGUCACUUCUAUCCGCAUCCCAUCUGAACUCAUCUGGCGGCCGGACAUUGUCCUCUACAACAACGCCGACGGUGACUUCGCGGUCACGCACCUAACCAAGGCCCACCUGUUCCACGAUGGGCGGGUGCAGUGGACGCCCCCAGCCAUCUACAAGAGCUCCUGCAGCAUCGACGUCACCUUCUUCCCCUUCGACCAGCAGAACUGCACCAUGAAGUUCGGCUCCUGGACCUAUGACAAGGCCAAGAUCGACCUGGUGAGCAUGCACAGCCGCGUGGACCAGCUGGACUUCUGGGAGAGUGGCGAGUGGGUGAUUGUGGACGCUGUGGGCACCUACAACACGCGCAAGUACGAGUGCUGUGCAGAGGUGUACCCUGACAUCACGUAUGCCUUCAUCAUCCGGCGCCUGCCGCUCUUUUACACCAUCAACCUCAUCAUUCCCUGCCUGCUCAUCUCCUGCCUCACCGUGCUGGUCUUCUACCUGCCGUCCGAGUGUGGCGAGAAGAUCACGCUGUGCAUCUCCGUGCUGCUGUCGCUAACCGUCUUCCUGCUGCUCAUCACCGAGAUCAUCCCGUCCACCUCGCUGGUCAUUCCACUCAUCGGCGAGUACCUACUGUUCACCAUGAUCUUCGUCACACUGUCCAUCGUCAUCACUGUCUUCGUCCUCAACGUGCACCACCGCGGCCCACGCACACACACCAUGCCCGCCUGGGUGCGCCGUGUAUUCCUGGACAUCGUGCCCCGCCUCCUGCUCAUGAAGCGGCCGUCAGUGGUCAAGGACAACUGCCGGCGCCUCAUUGAGUCCAUGCACAAGAUGGCCAACACCCCGCGCUUCUGGCCCGAUGCUGAGCCCUGUGUCCCUGGUGGCCGGGACCCGUCAUCCUCCCCAUCCUUCUGUGUCCCGCUAAACACGCCAGCAGAGCCCGCUGGCGAGGCACCUGCCGAGACCGAGAAGGCCGCCCCUGGCCUCUCAUCUGGGCCCUGCCAGCCGUCCCGUGGCGCCCAUGCCCCGGGGCUGGCCAAGGCCAGGUCCCUCAGUGUCCAGCAUGUGUCCAGCCCGGGCGAGGCAGCCGAGGGUGGUGUGCGCUGCCGGUCUCGGAGUAUCCAGUAUUGUGUCCCUCGAGAUGACGCCACCUCCCCAGCCAAUGGCCAGGAGGCCAGCUCCCCCACAUCUCGGAAGGCCCACUCGGCCGAGCUCCCACCCCCAGACCAACCUUCCCUGUGCAAAUGCACAUGUAAGAAGGAGCCCCCUGCGGUGUCCCCUAGCACCACGCUCAAGGCCCGCAGCACCAAAGCACCACCCCGGCACCUGACCCUGUCGCCAGCCCUGACUCGGGCAGUGGAGGGCGUCCAAUACAUUGCAGACCACCUGAAGGCAGAGGACACCGACUUCUCGGUGAAAGAGGACUGGAAGUACGUGGCCAUGGUCAUCGACCGCAUCUUCCUGUGGAUGUUCAUCCUCGUGUGCCUGCUGGGAACUGUGGGGCUCUUCCUUCCGCCCUGGCUGGCCGGCAUGAUCUAG